UUUCAUAGGAGAAAAAGGUGAAACAAGAAUGGAGCUUCAACUGGUAUCUUUGGAUCACUUCCACCAGCAUGAUUUUGUGUUCAGUGAAGAGCUAUUAAAUAACACUGAUGGUGGGGAAACUUUAUGUAAUGUGUGUUUGGAACCAGCGGGGCUGUUGGGUGCUACCUACAAUUGCAUCGACUGCUAUUUCUUUCUCCACAAGACUUGUGCAGAGCUACCCAGUCAAAUCAAGCACCCCCUUCACCGCAAACAUGGUCUUGUUCUUCUCCCAAAUUCACCGUAUCGUGGCAGAUAUGGUUGUGAUUUCUGUGGCAUAGGGUCUGAAAACUACGUCUACCAUUGUUCUACUUGCCAGUUUGACCUGCACCCCAAGUGUGCUAUGCUACACCGAUGCUUCAUUCAGCCGGAAAGUCAAAAUCAUCGCUUCACUCGCUUGAGCAGGUCAGAUCCAUUUACUUGCAAUUUCUGUGGCAUCUAUACAGACCGUUGGAUACCUAUUGAAUUCGUCGAUCGUGAUCGCAGCCCUUCUUCAUGCACCGAGUGCCAUAUCGUUGUCCAUAGGAAAUGCAUCUCACUGUCACGCUCACACACAAUCAAUAUAGCACGACAUUAUCAUUCCAUCACCCACACUUACUUCAUUACUGAAAAUGAAUCAGUUGAUAUCAAGUGUAGAAUUUGUUCUGAGGAAGUGAACAGGGAAUUCGGAAGCUAUUGCUGUCAUGAAUGUCGUUUCGUUUGCCAUGUGAAUUGUGCACAAGAUUGCGAAAUGGGUAACAGUUCAUAUUCAUUAGAUGAGGAGCUGAUCUAUUGGCCUCAGAUUGAGGACGACGACAUAUUAGUCCAAGAGAGUGAUCAUUGUAGCCACAAACAUAGGUUAACUCUGGAGGUAGAUCAUGAGGUUAAGGACAAUACAUAUUGUGAUGGUUGCAUCCAACCCAUCUCUGCACCAUUCUACCGGUGCGAAAAAUGCAAUUUUAAUCUUCAUAAACUGUGCAAUGAAUUACCUCCCAAGAUAAAUCACCCAUUCCACAAAAGACAUCCCCUUACCCUCUUUUCAAAACCAGUUGGCGCUUACAUUUGUGAUGCUUGUUCAAGAUAUUGCAACGGAUUCAUGUAUAGUUGUAGCAUUUGCGAGUUUUCGCCCAAAAUAGAUGUAAGAUGUGCUUUAGUUAAUACAUUGAAGUUCAACCAUGAUGGUCAUCAGCACCCGCUCACUCUCACAAUCAAUAAUAAUUCUAAUAUUGAUUGCGGCAAGUGUAUUGCCUGUGGUACUACCGGUUCACGCUACUUGCUAAAAUGCAACGCUUGUUCCUUCAGCUUGGACUACAGAUGCGCCACUCUACCUCGUACAGUCAAACACAUGUAUGAUGAUAAACAUCCUUUUGAGCUCACAUAUCGUACAAUCGAUGAUGGGUCCGAUGAGUAUUAUUGUGAUAUUUGUGAAGAAGAAAGAAAUCAACAUCAUUGGUAUUACUAUUGCGCCAAAUGUGACUAUGCUGCUCAUCUCGGAUGUGCUCUGGGUGUGGCACCUUUCAUCAAGGGAGGAAGACUUUACGGAAGAUCAAGUUCCGUUCACCAUCACGAUCUCUUUUAUGAACGAAUGGCGAAUUACGGGCCUCCUUGUAGUUCAUGUGGUAAGAGAUGCUAUGAUGUGUCACUUGAAUGUCACGAGUUGGACUGCAAUUUUAGGCUUCAUUGCCACUGUAUAUUUAACUGCUAUAUAUGAUGAUGAUGAUGAUUGAUUAUUGAUCUUGUAUAUUUAAGAAACAUGUUUGGUUCUAAUGAGUAUCCUUAUUGUGCUA